UGCUGGUGACUCUCUGCGGUUCAGGUACGACUCUGUUCUUCGUCUGUGAAUGCAUGUGUGAUCUGACAUCAGAAGCUUUCCGGAUGUUUUUCCUGCUCAGAUGGAAAAAAGAGAGAACUUCUCUGGAUGGUAUUCAUGAAAAAGCUGCAGUGAAGACAUGAAAACAGGAAAUUUGGGUUUGUUUCUAAAGGAUUCACUAAUGAACGAGUGUGAAAUAUUUGAUCACAGCCUCGUGAUGGAAAUGUCUUUUUGCUCCGUUUUGCCUAAACUGAAUCAAAGAUUGGAGCUGUGAUGAACUCAGCUGACGUAGACCGAGUCUUGAUGCUUCCCCCUGUUUCUGGUUUCUCCCCAGGACUCUGUGCUGAACUCCCUUCAGGUUCAGAGGAGGUCAGGCUGGUGGGAGGAGCCAGCCGCUGCACUGGCUGGCUGGAGAGGAAGAGGCAGGAAAGAUGGGAAGCAGAAGUUGAAUACGAUAUUCUCCCCAGGUGGAACUUUGAGCUUGCGGAUGGUGCGUGCAAAUCGCUCAACUGUGGCUCUGUGGUGUCUAUAAAAAGAAUCGAUACCUUUCCAGACAGACCCGACAACCCUUUAAUCCCCAAGUCAUCAAAUGUACGCAAGAUUAAGCCUCUGAAUGUGGAGAUCACCUGUUCAGAUUCCCUGGAAAGUCCAAACAUCUCCAUCUCUUCCACCAGCGGGGUCUCCAAGGCUAGAAAUCAGGGGUUACAGGUCUUCUUUGGUACCAGUUUUACCAUCACUUGCUCCUCCCAUGAUCUGUACCAAGGCGGGGUCUUCCGGCUCAUCUUUCUCAACUCCACCACAAGUCUGAACAACACCCUGCCGGCUGCCAAUAGCUCCGCCCUUUUCUCGUUCUUUGAGGCGAGCUACUUCCACCAAGGAGAUUACAUCUGCGUUCACCACGUCCAGAUCAACUCACAGAACCUUCAGCUCCAAAGCCAGCCGCUGAGUCUCACUGUUUUAGUUUCAGUUUCUCUGAAUGAAUUCAUCAUCAGACAUGUUGUGGUGCUGCUGAUGAUGACGGUUUCAACAUCUGCCCUCUACGUCUACUUUAAGAGCAGGCGGCUGCGGGAACCCAAGAGAAACCCUCCUGCUGAUGACGGUCCAGCUCUGAGGCCCAGUGAGAGGAGGAGACUGCAGGAUUCCGGAAAACACACGCUCAACGUUUCCUGAGUGGAUAAAGUUAUCAUUUGAUCACAUUUACAGAAAUUUGACUUUUUAAUCAAAUGUUAAAGUCUGCAAUAAAACAAACAAAGUAUUAAUGAACCGGAAAAGGCCGUCUGCAGUAAAACGUUACACAAAAUCCUCUUCAUACACACCGACUGAUGGAGCAGCAUGAUUAUUUAUCCAGUUUGAUUGUUUUGCUGUAUAACUGAGGGAGUCGCUCUGAAAUGUCAGUCUGUCUUUAAUUUGAUUCAAAUUUCCACAUAGAAACGUUUGUCAUGGUUUUAAAUCCGCUGUAGGUAAAGACCUGGAGCUUCCAGCCAAUCAAAAAGUCUCCUCCUAAAACGUUCAUUAAUUUGAAUUCCAUCACAUUUUAACGUCUUUUUGAAUUAUUGCCAAAUGACAGAAAAACCAAAUGGCUUCUUCUACCCAAAAGAUUUGAUCUUUUUCUCUAUAAAUGUUUUCACUUUUUCCAAAGUAUGUCUAAAUAUUUUACAUCUUCAUGUUCUAUUUUACUCUCAACAAAUCACAUUUGGGCUAAACUGAAGGUUUUAUGUUAAAAGUUUUUGAAAGUAUGAAAAACGAAUGGAUGACCACGAUAAUCGAUCAUUAAUAGACACUGGAUUUUUUUACUUAAAAAUAAUCUUUCAGAUCAGAACUGGAUUACAAAAACUGUAAAACUAUACAAUGAAUUAACUCAAUAGGUGGGAUUAUAUAAACUUGCUCCUUUUUCAAGCAAUAAAUCAAGCUCUACUUUAGUUAAUGAUCACUGAAUUUAACUAAGCAAAUGUGGUUUAAAUGACUUUUUGUCUGUUUUAUUUUCUGUUCUUUUAAUCUAUGCACUUCAUCGUUGCUUUAACGAGUUUUAUAAAUCUGUGUACAUUCUUUAUUGCUUUGACUACAAUACUUAAAAUAGAUAAAUACAUAAAUCAAAUCAAAAAAGAAAAAUUUCUCCUAUAGGAGAAAUUUAUUAGAACAACCUUUUAAAUGACAUCCAUUGGAAAUACAUUCUGUAUGAAUAACAAAAUUAAAGAACUACAUCAAAAGAAUUCUACAUAACGUUUACCCCACAAAUAUGUUUCUAUCCAAAUUCUCAAAUAUAGAAAAUAAUUGUAGUUUUUGUAAUGAUUCCCCCAAAUCAGUUCUUCGCCUUUUCUAAAUUCUCCCUUGAAUUCUGGAACCAAUUAGAACGAUUUGUAAAAAUCAAAUUAAAAAGUAAUAUUAUUAUACCUUUAUUAUUAUAACAAAUUCUUACAAAUUUCAACUCUGAUGAUAAAAAGGUGGAAAAUAGGAUUAAUUUGUAAUUUUCUUCCAAUCUAAAUUGCACACACAUUAGUGGAGAGUAAAAAAAAAAAAAUCCAAAAUUUACUGGAUUUAUGAUAAAGAUGUUUCAAUUUUUUAAAUCUGUUAAAAGGAUUAGUUCGUCCAGUGCAUGUAACACUGGAACAAUAUGUGCUUUUUUGUUUGAUGAAUUAAUCCCUCUUCUGAUUUAUUUAUUGUUAUUAGCUAUUUUAUUUCUUACUAGCAAACUUCCUUUUUGCUAACUGUGUCCCUGUAAUUUUUUUAUAUACUGUAAUUAUUUAAUUGUUUGGAAAGGUAACAUUGGUCAUUGCUUCUGAUGUUUGUGAGGAUCUAUUUGAUAAUGUGAUUUGUACUUUGGAAUGCUGUUUCAUAAAGUUUUUUUUUUAACGUA